GUCGCGGACAGGACGCAGAGAGGCGCCGGGUCAACGCGCCAGGUAGCAACGCCUCAGGACAGCCGUCGACGUCGUCCUUGCCGUCGUCCUUGCCGUCGUCUCUGCCGUUGUCCUUGUCGCAGCCUUCGAGGCCGACUUGGCCGUCAUCGUUCGCGGCCAGGAAGCGUACACUUGCACACACACACACACACACACACACACACACACUCAUACGCGCGCGUAAGCAGGCAAAGACACACAAACACGUACGACCGCACACACAACAAUACACACUACAUUCGCUUUCUAUUUUACGAAGACACGUACACGUACUUACACGAUCCUCGCACGCGUUACAUAGGGAAACGAGGUAAAAUCGACGGCGAACAUGAGGUCCUUAAACGCAGCAUCCUGGAGCUUCGUCUUUCUCGCGGCCACGGUGGCUUUGCUGCCUGCCACGCAUUGGGCACCCUUCGCGCACGCUGCAACCGGCGGCGGUAGUAUGCUGGGGGACGUCAACAUCUCAGCGAUACUGGACUCCUUUUCCGUCAGUUACGAUAAAAGAGUAAGGCCGAACUACGGAGGCCGGAUGGUUUUGUUGAUUGCAGGUCCGCCCGUGGAAGUCGGAGUCACCAUGUAUGUCCUCAGCAUCAGCUCCGUGUCCGAAGUGUUGAUGGACUUUACGUUGGAUUUUUACUUUCGACAAUUCUGGACGGAUCCACGACUCGCCUUCACGCAACAAAAAGGCGUCGAGACGCUCAGCGUCGGUUCCGAGUUCAUCAAGAACAUCUGGGUACCGGAUACGUUCUUCGUGAACGAGAAGCAGUCCUACUUUCACAUCGCUACCACCAGCAACGAGUUCAUUCGUAUUCACCAUUCCGGUAGCAUCACCCGUAGCAUUCGCUUAACAAUUACGGCAUCAUGCCCUAUGAACUUACAAUACUUCCCGAUGGAUCGUCAACUCUGUCAUAUCGAGAUCGAGAGCUUUGGAUACACAAUGCGCGAUAUUCGGUACAAAUGGAACGCCGGCCUACUGUCGGUCGGCAUCUCGAACGAGGUGGAACUACCGCAGUUUCGCGUGCUCGGUCACAGGCAACGACAGACAACCAUACACCUAUCUACAGUCGGAUACACGAUGAGGGACAUCCGGUACAAGUGGAACGAGGGUGCUGACAGCGUCGGUGUCAGCAACGAGGUCUCUCUCCCACAGUUCAAGGUCCUCGGGCAUAGGCAGCGAGCUAUGGAGAUUAGUCUUACCACCGGAAAUUACUCGCGGCUGGCCUGCGAGAUCCAGUUCGUACGGUCGAUGGGCUACUACCUGAUCCAGAUCUACAUACCCUCCGGGUUGAUCGUCAUAAUAUCGUGGGUGAGCUUUUGGCUAAACCGAAACGCGACCCCCGCUCGGGUGGCCCUCGGAGUAACCACUGUGCUCACUAUGACGACCCUAAUGUCCUCGACGAACGCGGCGCUACCAAAGAUCUCCUACGUCAAGUCCAUCGACGUCUAUCUGGGCACCUGCUUCGUCAUGGUCUUUGCCUCGUUGCUCGAAUACGCCACGGUGGGUUACAUGGCAAAGAGGAUUCAAAUGCGGAAGAACCGCUUCCAGAAGAUAGCGGAAAGCAUGAAAGCGGCGAGGGAAAAUCCAGGACCACCGGGUGUACCCGGUGAUCAUGGUGAUCACGCUCCUAAGCAAACUUGGUCCCGUGUUGUCCAGGAGGUGCGGUUCAAGGUGCACGACCCGAAGGCACACAGCAAAGGUGGCACGCUCGAAAACACCAUUAAUGGUCGGGCCGACGAGGAAGCCCCGCCUGCACCACAACAUCUCAUUCAUCCUGGCAAAGAUAUUAGCAAACUUUAUGGCAUAACGCCAUCAGACAUCGACAAGUAUUCCCGCAUCGUAUUCCCGGUGUGCUUCGUUUGCUUCAACCUGAUGUACUGGGUCAUUUACCUGCAUAUAAGUGACGUAGUCGCGGACGACCUGGUGCUGUUGAAGGAGGCGAAGUAGAGCACGGGGACGUCGGCUGCUGUAUCGCGGCUCGUAGCGACGAAAGAACGGAUGAAGAGGAAAAGAAAGAUGAAGGAAACUCGCACGAAAGGACGAGCACGGAAGGACGAAAGCGAAAUAAAAAAAAAGAACAAACAAAAUACGUGCUCGGACGAGUGCGAGUUCGUCAACGGCCAUUUCCUCUCGUACUGGUACGAAAUCCAGAAUCCGUUCUCGUCGCAUCGAAUCGACGUUACUUAUUUGAACUCUUUCAUAUUACGAACUAUUCAAAACGCACGACGCGCGAUACGUGAAAAACGCGCUUACUUAUAUCGCGAUGAUAUACAUUAACGAUAACGAAGAACGAAAGUGGUGCGAACGAGAUAAUUGCUCGAAUUGAAGAUUAACAAAAGAGAAAGAAGAAAUUGAAUAUAAAGAAGGGACGAUCUUUCGAGCAAGUGGAAAUGCGUCGUACUAGGCGCGAUCAUUAAUAUACCUUAAACAUUGCCAGUUUAGGUAAUUCCUUAGGUCUUAAUAAGGAGACCUUCCAUAUACAUAUACAUACAUAUAUAUACAUAUAUAUACAUAUAUAUAUAUAUAUAUACGUAUAUAUAUAUAUAUAUAUAUAUGUAUGUAUAUAUAUGUAUAUGUAUAUAUAUGUAUACAUAUAUAUAUAUAUAACAAUAUAUAUAUAUAUAUAUAUAUAACAAAUUUGUCAAUUUAGCUACUAUUAUAAAAUAGUAAAGUUAAUUAAUGAUAAAACAAAGAAAAAGAGAAAGACGAAAAAAGCUUCAAAUAUCGUCGGCUCGGAGCAACGCGUCGACGUACAGAAACAACUUCAGAGAGAUCUAAAAGGGGAGAUCGAAGAUCGGAAAUCAAGACAUUCGAACGUCGAUUUCGCGACGACAUCGCUGCUGGCUCUUGGAGGGAAGAAUGAAGAAGAGGUAGCUACUACAAAUUCAUAGAAUACACACACACAAUUAUAAAUACAUGAUAUAAAAAAAGUUACGGUGCGAGCGAGUCAACGCGAGUGUCUCUUUGCGAAUAUGCAAAAAAGACAAACGUUAACGGAGCGAGGGAUAAAAAGAAUAUACAUGUAAAUAAAUAAUUAAUCUCGUCGGUGAUCGGUCGCACAAUUCUAUUUUUAUUGUUUUAUGUGACUAUAUACUUUUAUUGCAUUUGUACACUCAGCAUUCCAUCAAAUAAACCGAUUUUUCGCGAUCACCUCAAUCGCCUGCUUUCUCAUAAAAUUGGAUAGAAAUCGAAUCACUUAUUACUCUAUCCGACUCGAUAUUUUCCUUUCAUUCAUUUAACUAUACGCAGCGAUGCAUAAAGAAAUGAAAGAAAAAAAAGUCAUUGGAAAAAACGCAAUUCCUUUAGUCGAGAUGCCUAUUUUCUACUAUCCCUCGCCACACUCGGAAACUGCUGUACCUGUAGUAUGUUUUCUCAGAGUUAAUUAAUGAUGAUUGUAUGCCGUUCCACUUCCUUCUUUUCGACUCUCCAUCCUUCCUCCGCUCGCCUUUUUCUAUUUCGUUCGAGAGAACAUGCAGAGUAGCGCGUAUACGCACUCACAUAUACAUUAACGUGUAUGCGCCAAUGGAAAAAAGAGAGACAAACGUGGAAAGGCGUGCGCACUAGGAGAGAGAAGAGAGAGAGAGAGAGAGAGAGAGAGAGAGAGAGAGAGAGAGAGAGAGAGAGAGUCGCCAAUUCAGUAAUCUACGUGCACUCUCCCUUCUCUCUCUCUUUCUUUUUCCCUCCUGCUGUUUUCCACUUUUUCCAGCCUUUACACUCUUUCUAUAUAUUCAUCUCUCUCGAUCCACAAGGGGUAGGUAGCUGGCUGCAGCCUGGGUCGUGGAAGCUUGCCAUUCAGGAUAUCGACCAGCUGACACGCCCAGCCUUCCCCCGGUCUUCCCCUUCGCUCCAUCCCUCUCUUUCUAUCCUCUCCAUCUACAUAACGUUCUAUCCUUCUCUCUCGCUCUUUCUCUUCUUCGGGGCGCCCUACACCCUCCACAACCUUCCUCCGCGAUCACCAAACAGUUCAUUUGCCAAACGCUCCUACCAGUCGUGCAUUUAAUAAGGCAUCCUUUGUUCUUGUGUACCUUACGAGAAAGAAAAAGAAAAAGAAAUAGAGGGGAGGAGAAAGGGAGAGAGAGGGAGGAUGCGUCCCUUCUCUGUCGACAUUCGAUACAAGUAUCCGAAAAAAACGACCGUAAAGUGGUAAAUGUAUGAUUAACAGAAUCUUUAACAUUUUACAUUUGGGAUCUAAAUUAUUAUUUUUGAUCAAUAUGCGAUACGUAUUAAAUUGCUUCAUUAAUUGGCAAUUAAUUGUUGACAAUGAAAUGAAUGAAUAUGCGACCGAUCGUCGAACACGAUUGUGAAAAAUUAUCUUCGAUGUAGAAACAUACUAUUUUGUUCCCUCUAUGAUGAUUUUCCAAUCCCUUCGCCCGUCCGAACUCGCAUCGUUCUCGAGAUAUUAAUGAAUUUUUGCGAAUUCGUUUCUCGGACAAAAAGAUCUCGGAGUCAAUAGGAAAGCAGAGCGCGAUGCUUUGAACGUUAGAACGAUAGAACGAGAGUUGAUAACGAUCGCCCAGGUAAUUAACGAGUCGGCCGAAUUAUCGUCGCGCGAUAAGAAAGGCGGUCAAAUAAUCGAUAUAUCAAGACGCGUAUUACCACGGCCGAGCACGUUGUCGGAGAAUACGAGAGGUAGCUAACUUAGUUUCUACCUCCUUUAAGAAAAAAGAAGAAAAAAAAAAGAAAAGAAAAAGAAAAAAGAAAAUGGCAAGAGGAAACACACAUAACUCAUCUUUUAUACUUUUUCUCCGCUAACAGUAAGCGUGUAACGAAAAAUCUCCUCUCGACGUGCUCCGCGCGGGUGUUCAAAGGAGAAAGGAAAAAAAUCGAUCGAUCGAUUCGCCGACCAAAUACAACGAGCAAAAAAGACGAAACACAUCCUUUGAUCCCCCUACGUUCGUUUCUUUCACAUAACGCGUAUUAUAAUAAUAAUGAAAUUAUAUAAAUAUCGACACACACUUCCACGUCCGCCCCACCGGAAGCAUUAUAUACAUACAAUUUAUAUAAUCGUAUACUCGCGUUAUCCGCGUUAUCAAGUCUUUAAGGAAGAAGAAAAAGAGGGGGAGAGAGAGAGAGAGAGAGAGAGAGAGAGAGAAGGAGAUCGAGAGGAGAAGCAGGAACCUUAGCGAUAUAAGUCUAUACAUAUAACGAUUUAGGUGCAUUUAUUCAUACGUAUAUUUAUCGCGUAUGCAUACAUGCGUAUCUCACGCGUUUCUACGCAUAUGUCUAUAUAUAUAUAUAUAUAUAUAUACAUAUAUGCGUCUUAUAUAUUACGUGUGCCUAUAUUAUUUAUUACGUUUGAGAUUUUAAAGGGCCAUGGACGUACGAGAAGGGAGGAAAUUUUGUCCGUUGUCCAGAACGUAUCGAGCAUCUUAUUUUAAGCAAAUCGUCCCGAUGAAACGAGAAUUUGUCGUUCCUUUCGAGAGCUCGGCCGCCUACUGUCGGACAAGAGUGUCGAAAUAUCCCUUUGUACAUGAUCCUUUUUUCUAUGCUGAUAACAGACAACGGAGUUCACGGAAAGAACGGAUGAAUCUCGUCAAAGCCGGACGAUAAUUCAAAAAAGAUUAAAUGAACGAUAUUCGUGAAAAGAUUAAAACGUGCACUCGCGCACGCUUUCAAUAAAACGUUCGUCAUUAAAAUUAAGUCGAUCUUACGAGCGCUCCUUAAUUAAUACUUCACAGCUUUCCUUUCAACCGUCUAAUUAUGACAAUCUCGUGGCACGAACGCGAUUAAACGAAUUCGUAACCUUUCGGAGUUUUACUCCUAUUUACAUAGAAACUCGAUUUCUCAUGAACGCUUCAACGACUGUUAACUUCAACUUUUAAUAGUAAAAAGAAGAUUAUGAAGUUAGAUAAGAAGAAUUAUAUCGCAUUGAUGGAAAUUCGAAGGUUAAUUAUUCGUUUUUAAUUAAUAGUCGUAAAGCAUAAUUACCUAUUUAUUCGCUUAUAUUCUCGUUUGCUCGUGGCCCCAUCGUUUAUUAUGAACAUAAUUAUUACCUUUAUUGUAUAGAAAUAAAUCAAAUAUAUAUAAAUGUUUUAAACAAAGAAAAAAGAGAAAAGAAAAAGAGACCUCUGUCCUCUGGCAGGAUAUAAAUUUAUGUUAUCGGCGGGAAUCUAUAUAUUGCAAGUUAUUAUUAUUCUAUUCUUACCAUUAUCAUGAUUAUUAACAUUAUUAAUAUAUUAAUAUAUUAAUAUGUUGUGAAAAUAAAUAUCGUUGGAAACUCGAAGAGCAGGACGAAAGUGCUGUAAACUCGAAAUAUAUUAAAAAAAAAAAAAAGAAAAGAAAAGAGAUGAGUGAACGCGAGGGGAGAGGCAAGGAGAUAGAAAUUAUUAUUACUGAUACAAAUCGAUCACCUUGUAAAUACGAGUUUUAUACAGAGCAUUGUAUUCGUUCACCAAAGAAAGAGGAGCAAAAAAAUUGAGAGAGAGAGAGAGAGAGAGAGAGAGAGAGAGAGAGAGAGAGAGAGAGAGAGAGAGAGAGAGAGAG